CUCUUUCUCUCUCUCCCUUCCGCCCUGUCCCACUCCUGUCCCUCCCCCGUCCUCCGUUAUCGCUCCCUCUCUUUCUUCCAAUCACUUCCUCUCUCAGGAUCGUAUCCGGCCUCUCCCACUGCAGUCUCUCUCCACCGGUCUCUGACCUUCAGCAGCCUGGGACCAUGCAAGCCUGCCUGCCCAGGUCCUAUCUAACCCCAGUGAGAGAUGAGGAGGCAGAGUCUCAGAGGAAGGCCAGAUCCCGCCAAGCCAGGCAAACCCGCAGAUCCACACAGGGUGUGACCCUGGCUGAACUGAAGGAAGCUCAGAGGACCAACAGUCUGUCUCCCCUGGACAGAGACAGACAGACAGCAGAUGGACAUAGCAGACUGACUGACAGGUCCUGUCUGCGGGGGAAAUGGGCUGCAGAGGACAGAGGAGAGACCAGGACCAAACUGGCUCAGUCUAUGGAGACAGAGGAUCACAGUCCCACAUGGAGCAGGGAGAUAGAUGAGCUCGGAAAUCAUAGAUCAAGGCUGGGGACCAUGGAGGCAGAAUAUUCCUCUGCCAGUGGGAACUAUACCAGCCUGGCCAACCGCACAUCCUCCAGAGUUGUUGAAUGGAAAGAUGAAAACCAGAACCCAAUUGAGGAUCCCUCCAAACAUGUCCUCUCCACAAGAGAGAAACAAGUUCGAUUCUGUGACCAAGAGUCAGAUGAAGCCUACCAGAAUUUGGAGAGUGUGGAGAUGUCAUCUAUGUACCCCCGCACCAAGGAGCUGUCCAGGACUAGGAAGUCUCUGUCUGACUCACCACCCUCUUCACCCUCUCCUACCGCCAAGAACUUCAGACACGACAGGGCAUCAAGGUUGGACUCUGGUGGUGGGGACAGCAGGGCUGAACCUCUGGGCAGAACCAGCUCCUACACACGCAGGGAAACCAGAUUGGCAGCGCUGAACAAGCAUGAGGACGACACCAGCUCCAGGGAUUACAAGAAGAUGUAUGAAGAUGCUUUGGCAGAGAAUGACAAGCUCAAGUCCCGACUGGAUGAUAGCAAACAGGAGCUGACCAAGAUACGCACCCAGCUGGACAAAGUCACCCAGAAACAGGACAGAGUAUCUGAAAGAUCCACUAUACUUGAAUCAGAGAAAAGGGAAAAACAGGCUCUGGAGAAGAGGGUAACGGACAUGGAGGAAGAGCUCAAGGAAGCUGCCCGAGUGAGAAAUUUCCGUUGUGGGUACCAGCCCUGAACGCUGACCAUGGGGCAGACUGGCUCAGGGCCAGGGAGGGAGGGGGGGGGCGAUGGUGAGUGGUCCUUUAUGUGAGUGAGAAGUGAUUGACACCCGCUUGUCACCUCACCUCUUUAGAGACCUGGGCAUGAACACAUGCCUGUGCACACAAACACACACAUACACACCCAUUGGCACACAUUAGAACACAUACACACUAGAUGUGCAUGUACAGUUGAAGUCGGAAGUUUACAUACACUUAGGUUGGAGUCAUUAAAUCUCGUUUUCCACCACUCCACAAAUGUCUUGUUAACAAACUGUAGUUUUGGCAAGUCAGUUAGGACAUCUACUUUGUGUGUGCAUGACACAAGUAAUUUUUCCUUGUGAAGAUUCUGGAGGAAACAGGUACAAAAGUAUCUAUGGAUAUACACAGUAAAACGAGUUCUAUAUUCACAUAACCUGAAAGGCCGCUCAGCAAGGAAGAAACCACUGCUCCAAAACGCCACUAAAAAGUCAGACUACGGUUUUCCACUGCAUAUGGGCACAAAGUUUUUACUUUUUGGAGAAAUGUCCUCUGGUCUGAUGAAACAAAAAUAGAACUGUUUGGCCAUGAUGACCAUCGUUAUUUUUGGAGGAAAAUAGGGGAUGCUUGCAAGCCGAAGAACACCAUCCCAACCGUGAAGCAUGGGAGUGACAGCAUCAUGUUGUGGGGGUGUUUUGCUACAGGAGGGACUGGUGCACUUCACAAAAUAGAUGGCAUCAUGAGGUAGGAACAUUUUGUGGAUAUAUUGAAGAAACAUCUCAAGACAUCAGUCAGGAAGUUAAAGCUUGGUCGCAAAUGUGUCUUCCAAAUGGACAAUGACCCCAAGCAUACUUCCAAACUUGUGGCAAAAUGGCUUAAGGACAACAAAGUCAAGGUAUUGGAGUGGCCAUCACAAAGCCCUGACCUCAAUCCUAUAGAAUAUUUGUGGGUAGAACUGAAAAAGCGUGUGCGAGCAAAGAGGCCUACAAACCUGACUUACUUACACCAGCUCUGUCAGGAGGAAUGGGCCAAAAUUCACCCAACUUAUUGUGGGAAGCUUGUCGAAGGCUAAAAAACAAAAAUGUUUGACCUAAGUGAAACAAUUUAUCGGCAAUGCUACCAAAUACGAAUUGAGUAUAUGUAAACUUCUGACCAACUGAAAAUGUGAUGAAAGAAAUAAAAGCUGAAAUAAAUUAUUCUGUGUACUAUUAUUCUGACAUUUCACAUUCUUAAAAUAAAGUGGUGAUCCUAACUGACCUAAGCGAGGGAAUUC